ACACCUAAAAAGUUAGAAUGAAUAAGGUAGCCUUUAAGUUUCUUAUGUAUAUGUUAUUUCAAACAUUAGUGCUACAUUAUCCUUUAAGACACUGGUUUUUAUCUAUUUUUAUCUAUAGCACUGCAAAUAAAAAACUUUUACAACUUUUUGAACAAAAUACUUGCUUAUGGCUGUCAGAAGUAAAGAAUAAAUACAUGUUUAAGAAAAUUUACUUGUGUUGACUUUUAUUUAGAUAAGAACAAUACAUGAUGGAUGUUGAAACAGAGUUUAUUCUUGAUGUUAGUAUUGGCGAUGGUGAAACCAUUGAUGACAUUGAAAUGUUAGGUGAUGAUGCUGAGAAUGAACUUUUAAAAGAUGAAGAACUAGCCGUGGAUUGUGAUUCCCUUACUCUGUGUCAUGUGAAGGAUAUGCAACAAAUUAAAAAAGAGAAAGAUGUCUCGGAAAAAGUAACAUUAAAUAAAAAUAAAAGACCAGAAGUGUAUGACAUUCCUAUUGAGAAAAGCACGUCUACGAAAUAUAAUCACAGAAAGGCUGUUGAAAUCGUAAAAACAAAAGAUAUGUUUUCAAAUAAACUGAUAGAUUAUAAACGCUUGAAUAGACACCUGGAUGUGACAAAGAAAACUGAUCCAAGGAUUGCAGGACGUGAGAUUGCUUACAGAUUACAGGAGCCAAAAAUUGAACUGAUGCGCCAAGUAGUUCGUGUUUUAGGUGUUGAACUUUGUUUGGAAAUAUUUGAAGAGACUAAAAAUAUAGUGAACUCAGGUGGCCUAAAAACUGAUGCUGGAGAUCGCCGGCGCUCUCCAGGUGGCACAUUUUUAUAUGUCUUGAAAAAUAGGGGAUAUGCUACUAAUCGUCAAGUUAAAGAAAUAUUUAAAGUUGAGAAUGAGAAGAAGAAGUUAAGUCGUAAAAAGGAAGCAAGGAAGAAAAGAGUAAAAAGUAAACAUGCAUUAAAGGAAAAUGAGAUAGCAUAGGAUUCGUUGUUUUAUAUUUAUAUUUUGUAAUUUAUACAUUUACUUUUGGUAAUUAAUAAAUAAAAGAGUUGUAAUUAAUAAUUCUAAUAAAAAUUCAUUGUUUAACAGA